AUGUUGGAUGUCUAUGACAUUCUUCCUUUCGAUAAUCCAGACGGUGGCGUGUGGAAACAAGGAUUCGAUAUCACGUACAAUGAAAAUGAAUGGGACAGUGAACCGCUUCAAGUUUUUGUCGUGCCUCACUCACAUAAUGACCCAGGUUGGCUGAAGACUUUUGAUGAUUACUUCAGAGAUCAGACACAGCAUAUAUUAAAUAAUAUGGUUAUAAAACUGCAGGAAGACAACCGAAGGAAAUUUAUAUGGUCUGAGAUUUCUUACUUUUCAAAAUGGUGGGAUGGAAUAGAUAGCCAGAAAAAGGAUGCCGUUAAAAGGUUAAUAAAAGGUGGACAAUUUGAAAUAGUAACAGGAGGAUGGGUCAUGCCUGAUGAAGCUUCUGCUCAUUAUUUUGCUUUAAUUGACCAACUGAUAGAAGGACAUCAAUGGCUAGAAAAGAACCUCGGAGUAAAACCAAAGUCUGGUUGGGCAGUUGAUCCUUUUGGGCAUUCACCAACAAUGGCCUACCUUCUGAAACGCACAGGAUUUUCCAGUAUGCUUAUACAGAGAGUUCAUUACUCAGUUAAAAAACAUUUUGCAACACAGAAGACCCUAGAAUUUUUUUGGAGGCAGAGCUGGGAUUUGGGAUCCAGUACAGAUAUCCUUUGUCAUAUGAUGCCUUUCUAUAGCUAUGAUAUUCCUCAUACUUGUGGUCCAGAUCCGAAAAUCUGCUGCCAGUUUGAUUUCAAACGUCUUCCUGGAGGAAGAGUAAGCUGUCCAUGGAGAGUUCCACCAGAAGCCAUUCAUCCUGGAAAUGUUCAGCACAG